AACCACAACAUAAAAGACGGGGACCUGUAUCUUGGAACCAAACGGUCGGAUGACGCAGCUAGGGGGCCUGCACGCGCGGCGCAUGCUGCUCCUGCGUCUUACGAUGGCGAUUUCGUUUACCAUUUGUCUUUGGCGCAACGCUGCAAACGCCCUUGCGCUCGACGACGUCCGCCUGCGCCACCCCACCGUCAUGGUCCUUCCCCGCGAAGCCGACCAGCUCUUCUGGGUCGUCGUCUUCUUCCUCUUUGGCUUUAUCGGGCGCGAGUGCAUCGCGCCGUGUGCGGACUUGCCCUUUCCGCAGCUCGAGAUUCUGUAUGGGCUCACCAGUCUCGGGCUCGUGCUUCAAACCAUUUGUUUUGAAGCGGCGAGCGCCGACUGGAUGGUCGUCGCGUUUGGGGCCAUGUCGGCGCUCUGGCUGAGUAUGUUUGCCGCCUACGUGCUCGUGCUUGAGAACGUCGAGCCGCCCCAUUUGUUCGCUACCUUGUCGAUUCACAAGGACGUCGGGUAUCCGUGCCGCCGCGUCUCCGACUAUCUCUGGAUGCGCGUGCCCUUCACGCUCUACGCCAGCUGGCUCGGCGCGACGACAAUGGCGAGCCUCACGGUGGCGCUGGCGACCGUCGGUGUCCCGCUCGAUAUGUACAUUUACAUCAGCUGCUUCAGCGCGCUGCUCAUGGCCAACGUGGUCGCUCUGCUGUGGCAGGGCGACUUGGUGUUUGCGUCCGUCGGUGCGUGGGCAUUCGUGUGGUACGUCGCGCUGCUCGGUCGGCUGUGA